AUGCUCGCCUCUCUCAGGAUACCAGUGCUGCAUGGCGUCCGCGGAAUGGCGACCUCAGCUUCUCUACAAGGUUCUCUGGCAGCUCUCGUCUCCCAUGACCUAACUCCGCAUAUUGGGACACGCUUUCCGGAUCCUCUCGUGCAAUUGUCAAAAAUCCUUGCUGAUGCUCGCUCCUCCGAGAUGGUCAAAGACCUCGCUACGCUCGUCAGCCAUCGAGGCGUUGUCUUCUUUACCAAACAGGACUUGGAUAUACAACAACAGAAACAGCUUGUGCUCAAGAUGGGCGAGCUAACUGGUAGACCGGAAACUUCGGGGCUGCACAAACACCCCGUAUCAGAGGAUUCGUCGGAACUGGGUGCUGACGUCUCCGUUAUAUCAUCAAUCGGUGGAAUCGCUCGGGCAGGUGUCGAUCUGACUGGCCGAGCUAGCAAUGGAUGGCACUCCGAUAUUUCCUUCGAAAAUGUCCCAGCGGAUUUUUCUGUACUCAAGAUGCAUACUUUGCCGGCUGUGGGCGGCGACACACUCUGGGCGAGUGGGUACGAAGCCUAUGAUCGACUGAGUCCAGCGUACAAAAAAUUCCUGGAAGGAUUGACGGCUGUCCACGAUGGAAACUUCUUCCAUGAAACUGCUCGAGCGCAGAACGUUCCCAUCCAAAGUCUUCGAGGGUCUCCUCUAAAUGACGGAGAAGACCUGAGGGCAGUACACCCAGUGGUCAGGACACAUCCCAUCACAGGCUUCAAAGCACUGUUUGUGAACCGGUCGUUUACAACUCGCAUUCUCGAGCUCACCAAGGAAGAAUCGGAUCAUCAACUGGAUUACCUAUUUAGGCAUAUCGCCGAGAAUCACGACCUCCAAGGUCGAUAUCGAUGGGAGAAAGAUGACCUCGCAAUAUGGGACAAUCGGGUUGUUCUUCACACAGCGACCAAUGUCUAUGCAGAUGUCAGACCAAACGCUGUAUAUGAGACUUAAGAAACCGCUCACCGAGGGCAGUGUGAUCUGGCCAAUGAAGGUAUAGCUAAUAUUCAAGAAAGCUGACAUUCCCGCGACAUAACUGGUACCCAAGACAGGAAUGACCGUGACGAUAGGUUCCUGACCAGCAACAUAGCCGAACGGAUGAUCCUGGAUUCCGGAGAAUACAAUUGAUAAUAUCACGGCGAUAAACAUUGUCACGGCACUGAACGUUCCCAGCCCGCUGAGGUGCGACAACGGGCGUGGCAAGGAAACAACGAAGCAAGCGGCGGCAGUAACCGCGCUGAAUGCAACAGAACAAGCGGCCGAGUUGGUCAAAGUAUUAAGAAGACGAGCUCCAACAAGGCAGUGAAGGCCUUGGAUAAAUGUGUUGUUCAGGACAAAGAACACCGCCGUAAUAUUGUAUGCAAUCGGGGAGCCACCAAAGAG